GCCAGCUCUGUCCCCUGUUUUUGAACCAAUUCUGAACCAGCUCGUGAGUGGACGAAAGUGACAUUGGCAAACGUUCGGCUUGGAAACUAAAAGUACUAAAGGGCUGCUUGGAAGUGUUGUCGUAUUGUGAUAUAAAACGUAAAACGACGUUUGUUUACCGUUUUGUUUUUUUUUGUUUUCUUGAGAUUCCGCUUUCUUUCCAUAACGUCCGUCUGUAAUUAUGAAGUGCAAGGCAUUUUCUGGCAGACGAAUUCAAACAUAUUAUCCAGAACUGAAGUUCUACAGGUUUCCGAGAGAUCCGGUAGCGCGGUGUGCGGAUUAAUGCGGAAAUGUCUCUUUUCGAAGUCUAACCGAUGCCGAGUAAAUUGGGAGUAUUGUCUAUCGCGAGAUAAUAUAGCAUUUCGUCGAGUUGUUGCUAUAUGGGAUACACACGAGUGCGGUCGAAACAAAAACAAACGUCAAAAUGUUUUCUCACUCGCACUGAUGCAAACUAGAUGGGCGCGUAAUUCAACGCACGGCCCGGUGGCGCAUGGCUGAAAAGUCGCAGGAUUUAAGAAAAGAUUCGCAAUACUUUGUGGCAAACCGUGAGAAAGUUAUCCUGGAAAUCGCUUGUUGUUCUUCUUUUAGUAUUAUCGAUACAGUUGAAUUUUACAGUUUUCAACUGCAUCAAUCAUCGGUGUAAAUAGAAGCGUGUUAUUUUCUACUGCUGUUUUCUCCGAAAAAAUCACAAAGUACUGGAACAAACCUAAGCACCUAUACAAACUAAACAAAAAUUAAGCCAUGCAAAAAAGUAGUUUUAGAAUAUUUAAACCAAAUGCGAACAGAGAAGAUUGAUCUUGUGAAUGAGGUUGCUCGACUCAGAAAGCAACUUACAAAAAUGAAGAGCAUGGAAAUAUUUUCCGUAAUGGCCAACAACAAAUAUAUAUUAUUUUGCUUUGCUGUAUUCCGAUGGAAGACCCGUAAUGAUCAUUUAAAUGCGGAUAUAAAGACUACAUCAUUGGUUUUUCCCGGAGCGUGAAAUUGAUACAUAAUAUAGAAUAUUUUAAUCAGAACAAUUUAAGUUUUGGACACGACUGUAACAAAACAAAUAUUUUGGCAAUAUUGGUCUAGUGGGGGUAUGUCGUUUUCAGCAGGGAUUAGCAAAAUAUAAGAGCAACCGUACCGGUGCGUUGCUACUCGGGUGACCAUUUUGAUUACAGGCAGCGUGGCCAUUUUAGCUUAGUCUUUCUUCUGCACACCGGUCGUUGCUAUCAUGGUCAUCAAUUUAGUUACCCACCUCCACACCGGUUAUUGACAUUUCUCAGAACAAUUAAGCGUGUAACACAUUGAAAAUAGUGAUAUCGGUAAACACAAUGGAUUACUCCUGCCUUUUGUCGGAUUCUAGUGAUGAUGACCUGGAUUUCAUGAGUCAAAUGUUGAACCAGGCACAGGCUGCAUUAGCCGAAACGCAGGAUCAGAAUAAGAAUAAAUGCGAACGAAAAACGCGUGAAGGAAAAAGGCCCAAUAUCGAACGUUCAGCGCAAGAGGGUGCUCAGCGUUUGGUGUCCGACUAUUUCAGCGUCGACCCGACGUAUACAGACGAACACUUUCGAAGAAGAUUCCGAAUGAACCGUAAUCUUUUUACACGUAUAGUAAACGAAGUUAAAUCCACCAAUGUGUAUUUCGUUCAGCGAGCAGAUGCGACUGGCAAAAUUGGGUUGUCAACGUUACAAAAAUGUACUGCAGCAAUUCGACAGUUAGCCUACGGAUCUCCGGCUGAUGCUAUAGAUGAGUAUACACGAAUGUCAGAAUCAUCUGCUCGGAGCUGCAUGUUAGAAUUCUGUCGUACAAUUGUAGACCGCUUUGCUAGUCAGUAUUUGCGGUCACCAAACAGCGAAGACAUAAAACGUUUAUUGGAUGAAGGCCAAAAGCGCGGGUUUCCUGGAAUGUUGGGCUCCCUUGAUUGUUGCCACUGGGAGUGGAAGAAUUGUCCCACUGCCUGGGCUGGUCAGUACAAAGGGAAAGGAAAAAAACCGACGAUUAUUUUAGAAGCAGUGGCAUCACAAGAUUUAUGGAUUUGGCAUGCAUUCUUCGGUAUGCCAGGAUCCAACAACGACCUGAAUGUGUUAGAACGAUCGCCCCUGUUCUCUGAUUUAUAUAGUGGUAGGAACCCUCAAGUAGAAUUCAUCAUAAACGAUAGAGUCUACACUACUGGAUAUUAUCUAGCCGAUGGUAUCUAUCCUCCACUUUCUACAUUAGUUCAAACGAUUACGUCACCAGUUGGACAAAAGCGUAAGCACUUCGCGAAAAUGCAAGAAGCAGCCCGGAAAGAUGUAGAGCGUGCAUUUGGUGUUUUAAUGGCACGGUUCGCUAUUUUGAAGAACCCUGCCAGAUUGUGGCGGAAAGAAGAUUUGGCAACAAUAAUGCGUGCAUGCAUUAUUUUGCAUAACAUGAUCAUCGAGGAUCAGAGAAAUGAUGCAUCCGAGACUGAUGUACCUUUCAACUGUCGGAAUAGCGAUGUUACUGUCAACAUGGGUUCUGCUGAUGGCUUCCAGGCUUUUCUUGAGCGAUACGACCAAGUACAUAAUGCUACGCUUCAUUACCAACUACAAGCGGAUUUGAUAGAGCAUUUAUGGAAAGUAAAGGGAGAAGAAGAGGAGUGAAAACGUACACUUACAUACAUGAGCAGACUUAAUCAUAAUACAUUAUAAUACAGUUUAAUACAUUAUCUAAACGUUAUGCACAUAAUUCUCACUGGCGGAUUUAAAGAUAACUUUC